GGGCCAGGCCCGCGGGCUGGGGCUCUCCCGGUGCCGGUGCGGGAGGCAGCGAGCCCGGGCACUCGGUUCUUUCUCCUCCUGGAAGCCGAACUCCCACCUCUGGCCCUCGCCUGCAGGCAGGUGGCCGCCUCAGUGAAGGUGAAAGGCUUCCCCGCGUCGCCGGGCCGCUGCCUGCCUUUCCCCUUGCUCCGUCUGUUGAAGGCAGUGGCGGAUCAUCGCUGCGCUUGGGCUUUGCCACCCCCCGCCAUGUCCCUCCGGGGUGACCCCUUGUUAAACAAGGGAGACGGUUGUUCAUAAAACUGCUUUGUGUGGCCUCGAUCCUUCGGAUUUCGUCCCCGCCUGACUACUGUUCUGUUCCACUUUGGAAUAAAGGUUUCUCCUCCAGCUUCUGCAAGCUUUGACCACUGCAGGGGAAUUCCAGGUUCAGCUGAUCGUGCACAAGGUGUUGAUCCCUGUCACUCAACAGCCUGAUUGGAACAUCUUGUCAUAUGUACUCCUUGCUCUGACAUGGAGGGAAGCAGAUCAGAAACUUCUGCAGCUGAAGUGAGUGAGGAAAGAAUUUAUACUUCUGUCAAAUUCUCCGACUCCUCCGCUGAGGGACAAAGCUGCAUGGGGAAAAGAGCUCCCUGUCUGUGGCCAGGAGUUGUGCCGGGCUUGGCUACAGGCUUUGGGAUACUGAGCAUCUCCCUAGCAGUGGCUUUGAUUUGGAAGAUGAGUAACUCCCACCUACACUGCCCUGAGCAGUGGGUGGCCUACAGAGGGAGCUGCUACUCCUUCUCCAAGGAGAAGAAAGACUGGCAUUCCAGCCGGGAAUCCUGUCGGGCACGGGAAGCUCAUCUCUUGGUGAUCAGCGAUACCUGGGAAAUGGACCUGUUCAAGAGUAUUCAAACAGGAUGUUUCUGGACUGGACUGAGGAACAAAACAGGCUCUGGAUGGAAUUGGGAAGAUGGCUCUAUAUUCAGUGGCAAGAAGGUCCUCUCUAACAGCCCUGUGCAACAUUGUGUUGUCCCAAUGAAAGAUCACUUUCAGGCUUCCAGCUGUGCAUUUCAUGCUCCAUGGAUCUGUGAGAAAUCUUGUAGAUAA